AUGGCUCCAAAACGUCCUUGGAAACGGAAGUUCUCAUCCCGCUACGUCCCGAGGACGAAAUCUGUUUCAUUUGGACAAUCGGGUCCGGAGCUCGAGAUGGCUCCGAAACGUCCUUGGAAACGGAAGUUCUCAUCCCGCUACAUGCCGGGGACAAAAUCUGUUGCAUGUAACCUGGAUCACAGACUUCCCGGCCACCUAUGGGGAGAGACUUCCGAGGCACGCAGCUCUGCAGGUGUUCAUCGCCUCGAGUUCCGCUGCUGGGUGAAGUUGGACAAUCGGGUCCGGGGCUCGAGAUGGUUCCGAGACGUCCUUGGAAGCGGAAGUUCUCGUCCCGCUACAUGCCGGGGACAAAAUCUGUUGCAUGUAACCUGGAUCACAGACUUCCCGGCCACCUAUGGGGAGAGGUGGUUGGCUCUGAGGCAUAGACUUCCGAGGCACGCAGCUCUGCAGGUGUUCAUCGCCUCGAGUUCCGCUGCUGGGUGA